AUGCGACGAGUCAAAAAAUCUCGCAAUGGUUGUGCAAGAUGUAAAAGCAAAAGGGUGGGUGUCUGUACGCGGUCCGAGCUUUCUUCACUAAUACUAGGACAGGUCAAGUGCGGAGAGGAGAAGCCCCAGUGUAAUCGCUGCACCCGACUUGGGGUCAGGUGCCCUGGAUAUGCGCAAUCACUCCGAUGGGUAACUAAAUAUGAACAACAAAGCCCCGGCGCAUCAUCAGAUAGUCAACUGCUUAGCCCAGUGCUCACUUCCUCGGUGCCAAGAGAGCCCCCCACUCCAGCUCCAGUAGAGGACGCAUUGUCGCUGGACGACCCGAAUGCCGAUUCUCAGCUGAGCUUAGAAGCACCUGGCUUUGAGCUUGAUGAUUCGAAUGUUCUUUGUGACAAUUUAUGGGACCUCCAGGGCAAUCGAUCACUCCCGGAGUUAACCGACCUCUGCCCGUCAUCCCCAGGUCCAGUGUCAAUAUCGGGUUUCUCGCAGGCUCAGAAUUCAUCAUAUGAUUUCACUUCAUCUGGAGACAUGUCUGCCGAUGUAUCUCAUUUCUUAUCAAUGAUUGGCCCGCCCCAAGAUGAGACUCGCAACGGUGAUAGCGUUUAUCGAGAAUUCUCGCCAUCAAAUGUUGUGCGCAGUUACCCGCCCGCCUCACAACGCUCAACUUCUCGAGAAGUUACGUCAAUAUCACGUCCGAUGAACAAUCCAUCAUGGACCCUUAUCGAAUAUUACUUUAAAGAAGUUGCAGCACUCUUCUCUAGCUAUGAUAGCCAGAUGAACCCGUUCCGCACGACCGUCUCCAGACUAUGGGGAUCAUCACUGGCUAUGUGUCGUACAAUGCAGAGCAUGGCGGCUGCAACUCUUGUCAACGAUUUCCCACAAUUUGGACCGAUUGGACGGAAAAUGCGGGAUGAAGCUGUCAACAUCAUUACUGUUGAAGCUGUGAUGGAUGACAAGUCUUUGUUGGCACUCCUCAUGCUUGGACAGACGGCUAGUUGGCAUGAUCCAAAAGACUUGGGUAUCUCAUUCUUCAAUCUUCUCCGAAAGCAUCUUGAUACCGUUUCCGAUGGUUCUAACACAGAAUCCCCUGGACUCACUGAGAGCCGCGGUAAUAAUCACCGUUUCUUCGAAGAGGCUCUGGUAUAUUGGGAAAUGCUUCUAUCGUUCGUCGCGGACAAUGAUUCUGCGAUGUUUUCGCACGAAUCGCGCGCAUCAUCUUUCAAUGAAUCAAUUGUCCUUCAACGCGUACCUCACCCCUGGACGGGAAUUGCUCGAGACGCACAAUUUGCGGUACACGAAGUGGGUCGCCUUGUUCGCAGAGAACGGAAACGUAUGCGUAGUCGAACCUUCACCUCUCAUGAUGACAUCAGAUGUGCACAGAUGGCCAUCGGAAAAGCACGCCAGUUAGAGGAGCGCUUGUUGAGCCUUGCGCAUCUCACCGAAGCCGAGAUUGUCAGCACCGGCGAUGAUGAAACUCCAGUCUGGCAUCUUCUUACUGUUGCAGAGGUCUAUCGAUGUACUGGAUUGAUACAGUUGUAUCGAGUCUUUCCUGACCUACUCCGUGAUCGUCUGCCAAACCCCGAGGCAGCUCAAUUUCCAGAUUUUGCAGCGAAAACAUCUGGUGAUCCUUUCUUCCCAGUCGAUUUGGACUGUAUGCUCCUUUCUCCAGGCCUAGGUCGGACAAGUGCCGGUCAUGUAUUGAAUCAAACAAAAUCGGAUCAGCAUACCAGCCACCAAUCCCCGUCGCCGACCUCGUCUCAUCGAAUAAAUAUAUUUCCCCCCUCACAGAAUCACCAACCUCAGGCUCCAAAAUCCACCGCCCAGGAAAGAUUGUGCGACUCUUUCUACGACGCCUGGCUCACCGAUUUUGCCGUGACGCUCCUCUCACGUCUAAAGACCAUACCUUUUGAAUCCCGCACCCGCUGCCUUCAACCACUGCUACUUGUCGCUUCAUGUAGCGAGUUACGUCUGCCUUCGUUACCUACCGGAAAACGUAAGAACGAGUUUAAGAGCAAUCCAGAGGGAAACGCCGAUAAUGAAUCUGGAUCCGGUUCUGAGACGCCGAAUAUAUCAAUGGAAGCUAUCGAAGUCUCACAAACACGCAAAUUUAUUCUUGGCCGUCUCACAUCCUUGCUCCAUGUGCUGCCACCCAAACCAAUCGAUGUAUGUGUCAAGCUUGUUAAGGAAGUAUGGAGACGAAUGGAUGCCGGUGAAGCCAACACCUACUGGGUAGAUGUCAUGAUUGAAAAGGGAUGGGAGACAACGAUGGGUUAA